ACCAGGCGGACAAUCGAGUCGUCAGUUAUUCCAUAUCGACCUGAACGAAGGGAGUUUAGGUGUCGGAUAAGGUCUCCAACGGUCCUUCACCCCCUAAAAUCUCUGUCAGCGAUGGAGACUUGGGCUGGCUUCUGCCCAGGUUUGCACUUAUCUCUGAGUAUCUGGCUGAUGAUAGCCGCUCAUACCCUGCAAAAUACCAAGGCGGAGAUAACUUGCGCAUCUUGCCCGUCGCCAGUUCAACUUCACCUGGAGAAUUUGCAGCUGGGGGUGCGCGCUGAGCCGACGGAGCAGCCGAGCACUCUGAAAAGCAUCCGAGUAGAGUUCAGGCAACUCGGGGUUACCGACCAAAAUAAUGGAGUGGACGACGAGCACGAGACAGGCGUUCCUGUCGAGGAUGUCCCCCAGUUGCCUCUAGAUAUCAGUUUGGAUGGAGUUAGCGCAAAGGGAGACGCACCGGGGUCCGAUGAGGAAUAUCAUCAAGGCAGUGAUAAUGCGGGGCACCCCGAGCAGGGUGAGGAUGCUGCGCUCCGGAGGGCGAGAAGAAGCGGUCCCGAGUUUGCUGAGUUCGGCGUGAACGGGUGGACCGGCGUGGAUGCGGACGCUUCCGAGGAUCGGGGCUCGUUGUUGGACGCACACAGGCAGGGGAGGUCCGAGUUCAGAUGGAACAGGGACGAAGGGAGAGGGAAUAACCGGCAGGAUGAGCCAAGGCUCACCAGCAGCACCUUCGCUCUAACGGGGGACUCUGCGCAUAACCACGCGGUGGUCUACUGGUCUGGGCAAAACAGCAGCGUGAUACUGAUUCUGACCAAGCUGUACGACUUUCAUAUUGGCAGUGUAACUGAGAGCACUCUUUGGAGAUCCACCGACUAUGGCUCCACAUAUGAGAGGAUGAAUGACAAAGUAGGAUCCAAGACUGUCCUGAGUUACCUAUACGUCUGUCCAACUAACAAGAGAAAGAUCAUGGUGUUGACAGAUCCGGAGUUUGAGAGCAGCGUGCUCAUCAGUUCUGAUGAGGGAGCCAGUUACCAGAAGUACCGCCUCACUUUCUACAUCCUGAGCCUUUUAUUCCACCCCACUGAAGAGGACUGGGCCUUAGCCUACAGUCAUGACCAGAAGUUGUACAGCUCUGUGGACUUUGGGAGAAAAUGGCAGCUCAUCCAUGAGCAUGUCACGCCGAACAGAUUCUACUGGUCUGUCUCAGGCCUAGACAAGGAGCCAGAUCUGGUCCACAUGGAGGCUCAUACACCAGAUGGAAAUGUGCAGUAUGUCACGUGCAGAGCUCAGAUGUGCACAGAAGCGAACAGGAACUAUCCAUUCCCUGGAUACAUCGACAUCAGCUCUUUGGUGGUUCAAGAUGACUAUAUAUUCAUACAGGUUCCUACAUCUGGACGAGCCACCUAUUAUGUGUCCUACAAGAGGGAGUCAUUUAUACAAACCAAACUUCCCAAAUAUUCCCUGCCUAAGGAUUUACACAUUGUCAGUACUGAUGAGAAGCAGGUAUUUGCGGCGGUGCAGGAAUGGAACCAGAACGACACCUAUAACCUCUACUUGUCCGACACCAGAGGAAUCUACUUCACCUUGGCCAUGGAAAAUGUCAAGACCACUAGGGGCAUUGGAGGGAACCAGAUGCUGGACCUCUAUGAGGUGGCAGGAAUUAAAGGCAUGUUGAUUGCUAACAUGAGGCAAGACAACCAGGUCAAGACUUACAUCACCUACAAUAAAGGCCGGGACUGGAGGCUCCUGCAGGCUCCUUCUGCUGACCUGGAUGGAAACGACAUCCACUGCAUACUGCCAUUCUGUUCACUCCAUCUUCAACUGCAAACGUCAGAGAACCCAUACUUGUCAGGAACGAUCUCCACCAAGAGUUCUGCACCAGGAAUAAUAGUUGCCACAGGAAAUAUCGGAGCUGAGCUGUCUUACAACAACGUCGGCAUGUUCAUAUCUUCAGAUGCUGGCAACAGCUGGAGACAGAUUUUUGAAGAGGAGCACAACAUGUGGUUUCUGGACAAAGGAGGGGCCCUUGUUGCUGUCAAACAGCCGUCAGUGCCAACUAGGCACUUAUGGGUAAGCUUUGACGAGGGGAGGCAGUGGACUGAGCACAGCUUCUCCUCGGUGCCUCUGUUCGUGGACGGAGUCUUGGUGGAGGCUGGAGCCGAGAACCAAAUAAUGACCUUUUUUGGACACUUCAGCCACCGUUCUGAGUGGCAGCUCAUCAAGAUAGAUUACAAGUCCAUCUAUAGCAGGAAAUGCACUGAGGAAGACUAUCAAACCUGGCACUUACAUAACCAAGGUGAGCCAUGCGUGAUGGGACAAAAACAAAUUUACAUGAAGCGCAGGCCUGGAAAUUACUGCAUGCUGGGAAAGGACUACUCCAGAAUCCUCUCAGCGGAGUCCUGUAUUUGCCGAGCUCAUGAUUUUGAAUGUGAUUAUGGAUAUGAGCGGCGUGGUGACGGGAACUGCCGGCCUGCCUUCUGGUUCAAUCCCUCCACUGUCUCCAGAAGCUGCAGCCAGGGUCAAAACUACCUCAACAGCACUGGGUACCGUAAAGUGGUGUUGAACAAUUGCACUAAAGGAGUUAAGGAAAUGUACACAGCCAGAAAGCAGCAGUGCCCCAAAAGACCUCCUAAAGGACUCCUGCUGACCACCAAGGAUGGCAAACUCACUGCCAAUCUGGGCAGCAACGUGACCUUCCUGGUACAUCUGGAUGAGGGUGACUCCUUGCAGACUAACAUCCAGCUGGAUUUUGGUGACGGCACAGCCGUGUCCUACUCCAACCUGAGCUGGACUGAGGAGGGGAUCAAACACAUCUACAAGUCCGCUGGGAUAUUCCGUGUCACAGCGCUGGCAGAGAACACGCUGGGUUAUGAUACCACCACACUCUUCCUGCAUGUCACAUGCCCAGUGGAGCAUGUGCAGCUCCUUACUCCCUUUGUGGUCAUAAGGAACAAGGAGGUGAACAUCACAGCAGCGGUCUUACCCAGCCACUCACGCACCGUCACCUACUUUUGGUGGCUAGGCAACAACACUGAGCCAGUGAUAACGCUGGAUGGGAGUAUCUCUUACACCUUCCCCACUGAGGGAAUGCACACCAUCACAGUCCAAGUGGCUGCAGCCAACACCAUAUUGCAGGAUACAAAGACCAUAGCAGUCAAAGAGUUCUUCAAAUCGCUACUUUUAUCUUUCUCCCCUAAUCUGGACGAGUUCAACCCUGACAUACCCGAAUGGAGACAGGAUGUGGGGAGAGUAAUUAAGAAGGCUCUGCUCCAAGUGUCGGACUUCCCGGAGGAGCAGCUCUUGGUAGCCGUGUUCCCAGGUGUUCCAACAGCUGCUGAGCUCUUUCUGUUACCUCACAAGAACCAAUCAGAGGGCAAGAAAAAGAGUGAGGAGGAGCUAGUGCAGGUAUCGGAUAAAAUUGUCAGCGCGCUGAACCAAAAUUUGGUGGAGUUUGAGCUCAAGCCUGGUGUGAGGGUGAUCGUGUACAACACACAGCUAACACUAGCACCCUUGGUGGACUCUAACCCCAGACACAGCAGCUCAGCCAUGCUAAUGCUCUUAUCAGUGGUGUUCCUGGGCCUGGCAGUGUUCCUCAUCUACAAAUUCAAGAGAAAAAUACCUUGGAUCAACAUAUACGCCGAGGUGAACCAGGAGAAGGAGCAGGAGAUGAUUGGCUCGGUGGGCCAGGGUGACAGCACACCUAAAAUCACUCUGAGCGAGUUCUCCACAUCCAAAGAACUCAUGGAGAAGGAACUGGAUGCCAGGGUCAAACGGGGAGUCGGUAAUGCCUGCGAGAGCACAAGGGAGAUUCCAAACUGUACUAGCGUGUAAAGCCGGAGAGCGACAGUUCAUGUACAGAGCGAAGUGUUACAGUGUCGGGGUUCUCUGUUUCUGUUUUGUAAUUCUCAACACAACUGAUGUUAAUAGUUUUCUAAGGGACCUCAUUUAUACAGCACGGUUGCACGGAUGCCUCGUUCAGCAACAUCCACGCAGCAAUUGUCAAUCUACUCAAUGAGAUCAUUGUAAUUACUGGCAAAACUUACCAGUUUUGUGGAUGUAUAAGCUACAUAACAACAUUCAUUUGCAGAGUGAAAUAUCGUUCGUCAAAACCUAUGAAGAGUUCUGUAAAUUUCUUAAGGAAUUUGCUUUGAAAAUCAUUUCCGCCUAUAUAUAGACUAUAAUGUCUGAGUCUUCAGUCAAACAGGGAAUAUUAUUGAAAUGUACAAUAUUAUCAUCUGUUCUGUUAAAUGUAUAUAUCAUUCAUUUCUACAUGCUCGUAGUCUGAGUACCAUGGCAACGACAGAAGAUCUGACAAUGGUCUAUUUUGAAAGUGUGUGAAAAAGUCAAAAAUUACUUAAAGAAAUCAACUUUGUUUUGCUUAGGUCCUUGACUUGUGCAUGUUCUUUUUGAGGACACAAUUUCUGUGUUGUAGAUAAGCAAGUGUUGUAAAUAGUUUUUUUCUAUUCAUUCAACAAAAAGAAAAAAAGCCCAAUCAAUUUUGUUCAGACUUCUCUUUUGGUUUCAUUUUCUUCAGUUACUGUUGGGCAAUAUGUAUCUAGUAGAAAGGGUUUAUCUGUUAACGCAGGUAGAGCUGUGUUGGUAUAUGACAGGUUUAACUUCCCUCCAUUUCCCUGGAAAUAAAAUAAAAAAAGAUCAACGUGAACAUGAUCAUGUUCAAUAUAUUUAUAUUUUCAUUAGACAUAUUCAAUAGAUAUCCAGACACUUUUACAUAUACGACAGACUUUAAAAAUGUUUUGCCGUUAGCAUAAAUGGAUUACAUCCUGCCUCUGAAAGCUCUGAUUUAGCCACACAACAAAAGCUGAAUCAGUUAUAAUGAAUAUUAUGAUGUGGCAGCCAGUGAUCAAAUUCAGAAUGUUCACUUAUUUGAAAUAUGAUGAUAUUCAUUUCAAAAUGUGAAAUGUGAAAUUACAGUUCAUGUAUGCAUCUUCUUAAAUAACAAUAGAUGUAUGUUUGGCUUCUGAUAGCUCAGGGGUCUCAAACUCAAAUUAUCUAGGGGCCACUGUUGGUAUUGUCAUCACACUAAGAGGGCCACUACAGCAUUAAGUACGACAAGAAAGUGCAAUAUUUCUGAAAAUGUAGUUUUGUAUUUUAUUAUCAACAUACAAAAUGCAAACUUGCAUUUGUAUAUGUUUUUAAAGGUCACUGCAAAUCUUCUUUCCCCUACUCUUAAAUAACUUAACAGAUGAAAUACAAUUACACUUUCUUUUUUUUUUGCCAGACACUUUGCAGCACUCUUGCUCAUAUUUUCCUUUAUAUUUAGCCAAAUAUAUGUAUACAGAAGUAUACAUCUGUAUGCACAUUGGUUUUUGCCAAACUUGUGCAACUCUUUUUUCCUAAUAAAUAACUUACUUACACCUUGAAUUAGGCUUGCUGUGAUAGUCUGUGUUCCUGGUAUUACACUGUGGUCGGGCCUAUAUGGCAGUAACAUUACCCGACCACUGCCCCACCACCAUUAUGCAUUUUAAAAAAAUCAAUGGUCAGACAACAAACACUAGGUUUAGUUUAGUGCCAGGAGAGCCCUUUGACAAGACAAUGGUGGAGGAUUUGUUAGCAAAGCAAGAAGCAAAAGCUCCUGUUUGGCAAAUAUGAGUUAAACUCAGUCAAAAGCUGAUAACACUAAUGGGGGAAGAAGAGUUGUUACUGUUGUAGGUGUGCAUCCUUUUACCUGCAAGUACAGCUGAGGCUAAGAGGAAUACAUUUAUUUAUGAAUUAAUUAAUUAGACAUUUGGUCAUAAGUCUUAGGCAAAUGAAAAGAUGAUAAGUUAAAAGGGCUCCAAUGAUUUUAUCCUGAGAGGAGCAUGUGUGAAAUAAAAGAAACAUCUGUCCAUUGAACACAUCCUCAUACCUGAGUAGACUCAAUAUCUCAACUGCCAGUGACUCCCAAAACUAACUAUAUCACUGUUCCCAGUACAACAUGACUGUUGCAUGGUACUGUCACAGUUUGGUAUGGUUUAGGCUAGAGAAGUACUUAGUUUAAGUUUUGGAAAAUGUUGUGGUUUGGGUUAAAAUGACUUACUUCAGAUGCAAACAUGUGUACUGCACAUUAUGUAUUAGGGGUGUACAAAGUAACCAUUACAAACUGGAAAUUGGUUUUCAAGUUAAAGAUACUACUGCACUGAUUUGCCGACCUCCGGAUCAGUCUAAAUGUAUUGUGGCUUGAUUUUAAUGUUAUGCUGCUAUGCUGCUACACCCUCACAGUGCCAGCGGUGCCAUCUAACAUCUAGACACGUGACAUUGGUUGUAAUAAGCUGCGUUUACUGUUGAACUGUAUGAUCGUUAUUCAUAUAAUUAUUAAUUGGGACCUCCAGUCUUGGGAUUGAGUAGUUUCUGUUUCUGCCAGCACAGCUAACAUAAUGUAGUUACAGAUCUAAAUUGAAUAUUUGAGUUUUAGCUCUUUAUGAAUGUAGCUGCACACAUUUACACCUAAUGAUAUCAAACCCAAACUCUAAGUUGCCCUAUUGAAUGAAGAUAUUUUAAAGAAACAUAACAUUGCUUAUUUUAUAUUAAAUAUAGAAUAUCAAAGAGCUCGUAUGAUCAAAUUUCUCCUAAUUAUUUUGUUCAGAACUGGACAGUAAAGUAAGUUGGAAUGAGCCCCUUUGGUGCAGUGUUUCUUACUUGGUCUUUUGCUCAGGGUUUUGGGGUGUCUGCUCCAUGCAGUCGUAGAAGUGUUUUAUAUUUGUUGGUUGUCACGGGAUUAUUUGCCCACUCUGUGCCCUCCGCUGACUCUACACAGCUAAAAUACGCCCUCUUUCUUGUCGUUUGAUAGAAGCAGAUUAUUCUCCCAAAAUAUGAAGACAGGAACAAUUUGUGCGCAGGGAACACACACAGCGCCAUCAAGCUGUGUUAAUGUAAUUAAUUCACUCUUCCUGGUACCGCUCUUUUUACAACCCAACACUUCACUCACUGCUUUGCGUUUAGUACUAAAUGAGUGAGCAGUGGCCUCCCAGCAUGCAACUCUCCACCAACGCCGCGUUGUCCAGCUCUGUAAAAGCGGAGUGUCCUCGGGUCGGCUACUGUCAGCCUCAUGGUAUCCAGCGUGAUGCUAAUCAGAGAGAACUGGAAAACCAAGCGGAAGAUGUGCCAUGCAGAGCUUACCCAUAAUGCUCAGCUCAAGUAAACAGCACUUGCAGGAGUAGCAAGAGGGGCCAGGGAACACUGCACAGACAUAUAGGGUGUCAAAUCACAUAUUACCUCAAACAGAGCAGUCUCAUCUUAAACCCAACAGCCAAGCCUUGUUACUAGAGACAAAACACACAGGGAACAAAGAUUGUUGUAUAGCUUUGUUGUAUUCAACACAUGUCAUGAGCAAAGGGUUGUUUGCUCGGCUUGAUUUUGUUUGGGUGGGGGGGCUUUGAUGGCGUCACUUUGAUUUGGAUUAGCAGAACAGAAUUGGGAGAACCAGACAGAAAUAAUGAAAAAGUUUGUGCUGAGCACAACUCGGAUCAUACUUUUGUUGCAUUUUGUUUCCUUUUUUUUCCUCUUGAAAUAGUAAAGAAUCUAUAAUGACUAAUCUGGUGCAUAACCAGGCUACAAUGCUCUGUAGCAGCUGUUGUGGGGUAAAAAUGACACAUUCCAUUAAAAGUCUGUAAAGAGUAAAGAACAGCUACUAAAAACGUUCUGCUUUAUAUCUGCACAGACAGAAUGGAACUUCACCAGGAGAAGAACUCAUACAUUUGGUAUUUUCCUUCUGUUUAUGUCCUCAUUGAUCAUUCAGUCACCACUUUGAUCACUGGAAAUUGCUGUCUCAUCUGAUAUGUUAAAUGCCACAUUACAAUGUAAGACCCAGAUCCCCGGGGUGAAUGCAUACUUGAAAAAUGAUAAAAAAGAUUCUUGCUUUCAUGAGAUUUCGGAAGGCAAAAGAGUUGUAAUGUUUUUUCAGUGCACACAAAUCUACAAUGCAUGCAUCAUUAGUAAUGUCCUGUUUCAUCUUUAUUUCGAUAUUUCUACGGUAAAGAAACUGUCAUUUUGAAAUUGUUUCAAAUAAAUGUA